ACAUACAUGGUUUGACUUUGACUGUGAUGUCGGAACACAGAUCACAGUGAUCAACGCCCUUCACCUGCAUGAGUGACUUAUACGGAAUAUUGAUUCCACACUUGAUAGCCACAUGACAGGUCGUGAUCUUCGAAAUCGAAUUUUGUAGGCGCACUGGGUCAUCAGUCAUGUUCCACCCACAACGCAAUCCAAAUAGCUCAGGCCUACAUAACUGCUCGCGGCGUAGCCAUAACUCUCAUAUCCUAUAGUCGCCAUAGGACAUGAGAAUCAAACAUAGCAUAAAAGUAAGUUUCCGAACUUGAACGCAAGCUCUGAUGUUAGGAAGUGGGCGUCAUAUAAUCCGUACAGCCUCUUUCUGACAGCGAGAUAUUCCCUUGAAAGUUCAAAGUCACUAUCAGUCAGUGAAAGGACCCCGAGUCUCAAGAUAUUGCUUCUUCUAAGACGGCUAGCAUGUCUUUAGGUGAGUAGGUUGGUUCAUACCUUUCUAACAAUGUAUGCUCCAUGUUCAACGUUCUCUCAGGUUCAGAUGAUGAUGAUUACGUCUUCUUCGAGUCACUCGACACCGUCGACAUCAAUAUCCUCCCCGACAAAAUUCUCGUCACUAUAUUCGAGUUCGGUAGUAGAAUCACGCUGCAAAACUCUCGUUUGCCGUUUACCAUCCUUGCCUCGCAUGUUUGUCGGAGAUGGAGGAAUGUCACACACAUGACGCCCUCUGUAUGGCGUAGCAUUUCGAUCGUCGAUCCACUUAAUCUUACAGUGCCCAGGUUCUGCCUGGAGAAAGCUGGCGGGGAGGAGCUCGAGUUCUAUUUACAUGCGAGAGAUAAUCGAAACAUCGAUGCUCUCGAUCUUCUGAAGGAGCAUUCCAACAGAUUAUAUUCCCUUUCCAUACGUGCAGAUACUCCACUCGCCCUAUUCGUCACUUUUGCCCAAUUGCGCAUCGCCGUCAAUGCGCCAUGCCUGAAGCGGCUCGAGGUAUAUGUGAAUGCGAACGUACGUCAAUUACCGGAUAUAUUCAUGGAUCGUCCUCCAGCACUGUCCCAUGUCAGGCUGGAAGGAAGCACAUUCGGCUUCGGCUCCGGUCUAAUGAGAGGAUUGACUUCCCUCAUCCUGACUCGGCGGCCUUCUGGGUUGACCUUGCCAUCUUAUCAAGCCUUCAGCGAGAUGCUCCUUGCAUCUCCAGAGUUGACGCACCUGACCCUUGACGGAGUCCUUCCUGACAUUCAACUUGAUACAGAGUGCAUUCAGAUCGAACUGUUAUCUUUGGUGUCUCUGGAACUCACAAUCCCACCUCACUACGAGUCCAUCGAUGGAAUCUUUGACAUCAUCACGGCGCCAAACCUUCGUAAACUCAAAUAUUCGAGUAACUGGGAACCUGCGUGGAUGGCUCUUGACUUAGUCCUCCCUGUCCUAGCGGCGAAAUUCUCAGGCCUGCAGGAGUUCCAUGUCGCUAUCACUUCAAGUGAAGCGUUCAAGGAGCAUAGCUGGGUGGACUCAUUGUUAUUUCGAGCCUUUCCAGAACUUCGCGUCUUCAUCCUGGAUGCAUUUGAUGAUUCCCAUAUUCGAUAUUUCCUCCAGGUUUGGGCUGAGUAUGGGACUGAGGGCAAUGCAGUGCUGGAUUGGGAAGGGAUAUACUUUGAGAUGUUGUGGCCGAAGUUGGAGCUCUUGGUCGUUCGCGCACCUUUUGAUGAUGACACAGACGAACCAUCCUUGGACGGACUUAUCGAGUUUCUAGGCUCAAUGCGGACGUCGUUUGGGCUCCCGUUCGAUGUUAAACAAGGGUAUAUCUUCGAAGGGCUUGGACGUGAGGAAGAUGGGCAAGGUAGGGAAGAAGAGAGGAAUAUCAUCACUACUCGCGAUCGUUUGGCAGCACUGGCAGCUCGGGGUGAGAGACCGUUACCCCCGCCUCCACCUUACAGUACUGUGCAAGCAACGGGCUGGGAACGAUUGCCUACUGGCAUGAAUGAUCCAGUAGACACGUUGCAGGAUGAAUAGUUUUCUUCACAGACAUCUUAACCAUUAUUCACAUACGAAGUCAUAUAUACAAACCCAUAACAUUCCUGACGUGUGCACGCUCACUCAAACUUAUACAGUUGCUUUCGAGGUUCUUGGUCAAUUUCUAUUUUGAGCAAACU